AUGGAAGCGAAGGGAGUUGUCAUGAAUGUGCUUGACAUGGCCUUUGACGUCCUUCUGAUCAAAUACGGUGUUGUGAAGCGGGUCUACGUCAAGUCAUUGGAAAUGCGUCGUGAACCAAAAUUUGAAGAGUCUUCUUCACGACUAACGCUCUUCUGGUCGACGGAUGACGGUCCAGUGGAACAAUUGAUUCAGAUGUGCACGAUUGUUGACGUUGUAUUGAUUGGUGAGCCGAAUUCGACAAAAUACGAUGCGGUGAUCAAAGCGAAAUCAAGCAGAGAUUCCCCAUCCCUUGUCGAGCUAUAA